AUGUACAACAAAAUGUCCAGCUACGAAUCGGCUUCACCAGACGGAGAUCUCUGCCAUCGCGUCUGUGAACCUGACCCAUACUACGAGUCGAAUGGUGGUUACUACACUCAGCUGUACCCUGCGGACUCGCAACACACAGGAAAUCAGGUGACCAGUGGUGGAGGUGGUGUGAUCAUUAUGGACGAAGAAGGCUACUGGGGAUCACCGUGCAGCUCAAGUGAAUCCCAUCCGGACCCGCACCGUGACCGGUACGCGUCUCCAUCGUCCCCGGCAGUCCCGGGAACUCUGGGCCCACCGACGACGACGACGGUGGCCAAUGUUGGGACCACGCUCGUGCUGAACAGCGGUGCAGUCGUACGCCAUCACGGUAGCAUCGCGUCGUCGGCUGAUCAGUCGUCCUUGUCAUCAGCUUCGUCCACCACAUCCACGUCCUCGUCGGCGUCUUCAUCACCCUACGGAACGGCUGGCCACCAACACCAGCAUGUGGCGGGUGGUGGUGGAGGUGCAUACCAUCAACACCGGCCGCACCCACAACACGAACAGCAACAACAACAGCAGCAACAUCAUCACCAGCAAUUGCCGUCGUCCAUGUACUGCUCGUCGAUGGUUUACGACAAAAGCGCCGCCGUCUAUGUGCCGGAUGAAGGCUACUAUGGAGGAGGUGCCAGUUCCACAAUCGACCUCGUUUCCGGUACAUCCACCAGCGACCACCAGGGACACCUGCACCUAACACCGUCCUCUUCCGGGGUCAUCGUACCCGGCGUCGGAGGACCCGUCGUGCGUGUGGUCAAACGGCGCAACACGGCCAACAAAAAGGAACGCCGUCGGACGCAAAGCAUCAACUCGGCCUACACCUCGCUGCGGGAUCGUAUCCCGAACGUGCCAAAUGACACCAAACUGUCCAAGAUCAAAACGUUGCGGCUUGCCAUCUCCUACAUCGCGCAUCUGUUGGCGGUCGUGAACGGAAACCAGGACCCUUCGUGUGACUUCCGCGCGGAACUGGUGCCGUCAUCGCGCAAGAUCAAUGCUGAACGGCGCGCCCAGAAGACGCUGAUGCAAAACUUCUCCGCCAAUGGCACCAUCACCAGCACGCCGGCUACAUCGGAAGGACGCAAAAUCAAAGGACGCACUGGAUGGCCACAGCACGUUUGGGCGCUGGAGACGAAAACCACCAUCAAAUAG